ACCGCCCUUUUUUUUUUCCCCCUAAACUGUAAUUGACAAGUCCACUCCCCCUUAACCCCCCACGCACGCAUACUAUACACAACCAGCGAAAGUUGACUUAUUUGUGAAGACGUGAAAUAAACUUCACCAGCCGGGAGUCAAACAUUUCAGCCCCGGAUGAUGUCGUCCCGGUGGAGUGCAAGCGGAACAUGAGGCUUCAGAGGAGCCGGGCACAGCAGCUGGAUAGACUUGAUGGAGUUGUAGACAGACCUGCUGUUGGUGCUGAAUGGUGACAACGCUAACAAAAGGCAAUGGAGUACAGUGAGCGAGUGCUUUGCGGGACUGCUGAGGUAGAGCUGGAUCCUAACAUCGUCAGCGAGGAAGCGGGGAAGCUCUACGCUGAACUGCAGACCGUCAUCGAGACCCACGGCGAAGGAGUGGUGGAGUCCCUGGUGCCCAUAUUCGUGUGGGUGCUGGAGGGGCUGGCCGGCUGCAAAGCCCAGCUGAGAGAAAGGGAGGAUGAAGCGGAGAGCGAAAAAGCCGAACGUGAGCGGCUGCUGGAGCGAUACCAGGUUGAGAAGGCGCUGAGGAAAGAAAGUCAAGAGAGGUACUUGGAGCUGGAUGACCAAAUAGAGCAGGAGAGGAGAGCCAUGAGAGGGAGGGAAAAGGAGCGAGAACGCAGGGAAAGACACCUGGAGAAGAAAGCCAGGGAGCAAGCUGAUCAGCUGGUGGCCUUGGAGGAGCAGAAGUCGGUCCUGGGUCGAGAACUGAGCACCCUGAGGCUCGCCCACAACAAGUUGGCGCACUCCUUCCGGGAGCUGAUGGAAAAGAAGAAGGACUCGGAAAGAGAUUCUCCCCUCAGGAAUCACACACAACACAAAAGUACGGAAUUGGCAUCCAUCCACAGCUUGUCGGAAUCCAGUACGCAGGAGAAGCGACCACAUUCCAACUCUGGUCCGCCGUGUCCGGAAGACGUCAAAUCCAGCCAGGGACAGGCCAUCGUGACGUCUGCCUCGGAUCAGUUUGUCAACGACAUCAUAAGCUCCACUCCUGAGCUCAGACACUUCCACGGUUCCUUGGAUGAGGCCGGCAGCGCUCUGGCAGAAGCGUAUGACACCAGCUUGGAGGAUGAGCUGAAGGAGGACGAGGUGGAAGCUGGAGGAACGGGAGCAGAGACCCUGGAAGAGGAGGAGGACGAAGAGGAGGAUGAAAAGGAGGAGGAAGACGGCAUGGAGUGGGAGCAACGUAACACAGACUCGGUUUUCUCGGAGCUCUCGGAGCUGAGUCAGGAUUUGGUGGAGAGUGUUGACCGAGGCGCCAGCAUCAGAGGCAGCACUGACCAGUUUGAGGAGAUUCUUUCCCAGUACGAGGAUCUGAAAGUCACGCACGAGUUGGUCGACGCCGCCCGCAAGGCUCUCAUCUCCCGAGUGGUGGAGCUGACCGACGACCGCUUCGCUCUCAAACUGGAAGUGGCCUCUCUCCGGGAAACGGCGUCUCGACUAGAGGGCCGGACGAAGGAGAAGGAGGAGGAAGCCAAAAGGCUUCGAGAGAAAUUGGAAGCGUUUCAGGCAUCAGAUCAUGACGCCUCACUAAGCGCGUCCAUGCGCCACUUUUCCCGCUCUGAAAUGGCUCGCGUGGUCAUGGAGAAGAACCAGUACAAACAGCGGCUCUUCGAGCUGCAGGAGGCCCUUCGGCAAAGCCACACGCUCAGGGCAACAAAAGAAGAGCGACUGUCAGAGGAGAGAAGGUCAAGCCUUUGGGUAAAGUUCAAUCGCUUUUUUGGCCUGACCAAACAACCGCUGAUCCUACCUCCGUCAACGCUGCCGCCGCUGACUCGCCCUCCUCUGCCACUUCAAGAUACUCAGGCAGAAUCGUCUGCUCCUGCUGCUUUAUCGCCCCGUGCCAGGAGGAGGGAGCUGUACAGAGAAAUUCGUUCGCACAUAUGGGGAACUCUUGGGAAACGUCAGCUCCACGGCUGGAGCGUGCCACUGGCUGACACGCAGGAGUCUCAGGAAGCCGUCCCGGAGCCCAAAGAUGUGCCGGUCCUAACGCAGCUCCGACUCUUGGACCAAAGAGACUCCACUGCAAAGGUGAACUGUGCGGUUGCAGUCCCGUCUGAGAUGUCAGGAGAGGCCACGUGCUCUGUGUGGGUGGUGUCUGGCCCCGCCUCCAACAGUGACGUGACGGUGAUGGACCCCACUCGAUCCAACACCGUCCUGGAUCGUUUCAGCCUCCCUCCCACAGCUCCUGCCCUCUGCAUCUGUGCCGUGCCCCCCCUAGGCGACUCUCCAGGAACUGUGUGGAUUGGAACUCAGGAAGGAAGCAUAGUCAUACAUGCGGCCUCUGCAGGCAGGGGGCGCUGUCUCCUCUCGGUGUCCCUCUCAGAAAGUGUUCAUUCGCUCAUGUACUCCCAAGGUCAAGUCAUAGCUGGCUUAGGUGACGGGACUUUAGCCUUCUUCUCCAGUAGUUCAGGUGGCUGGAACGUGCAGUCGCAUUCAGUGAUGCCACUGGGUUCGAAACCCGUGCAGCCUGUUCGCUGCUGCCUGGCCAAAGGUAGCCGCUUGUGGGUGGGAUACUGGAACAGAGUUCAUAUGGUGGACAUUCCCAGCAGGAAGGUGGAGAAUGUUUUUCCAGUCUCCGAGCGCAGCGAGCAGCAGGUUCGUUUCCUGUGUGCCGGAGGAAGUGGCGUUUGGACGGCAUGCAGACUGGACCCCCUGCUCAGACUGUUUGACUGGUCCACCGGGCAGCUGCUACAGGAAGUGGAUCUUACCGCCCUGGUUACCAAAUCAUUAGGCCAAGCUUUCCUGGCGCUCUCACCACUUCAGAUCUCCUCGCUGGCGGUCAUCUCCGGCCGCAUGUGGGUGGGCACGGGGGGCGGCGCCAUCUUCUCCAUCCCCUUAACGAUAACGUCUGCGUCCGUGUCCAUCCCGUAUUGCAGCGUGGCCGCCGCCCAGCUGUGUUACCACGGUCACAGACAAGCGGUCCGCUUCAUCCUUGCCGCACCUGGUUGCUUGGUGACCUCACCCGGCGGCAGCGUUACGCCCUCUCAGCUUAUCCUGAGUGGAGGAGAGGGCUACGUCAACUUCCGCAUUGGAGACGACGCGAGUGAUGAGUCUGUGGAGUCGUCCCAAGCGACACCGCAGCGAUCCCAACGCAGUCACGUGAUCAUCUGGCAGAAUCCCACCCCGUCCGUGGCGACCUCUGCCCUCUGACAUCUCCUGUAUGCCUCUGGUGCCUACCCCCCCCCCGGAUGCCGGCGUUAUGCAAACGUUACUUCAUGAGAGACUGGCGUCUGGGUAUUACUGUACUCAUUGAUCAUGCACUCAUCCGCACCGUGUUUGCAUCAUCAACGCUAACUUCUCAUCCUAUGGAAGCAGGUCAAAAUAAUCAGCUUGACUUUUUUUUAUUGUGUAUUGUUCCUGUCUUGAGCAUUGUUGACAUGUACCUCCACAUACUGUACGUACAGUACCUCUAUGUAUAUGUAUUGACUUCUACGCACGGAAAGCUUUGAUUGUUUUAAUGUUGGCUCUUUUCUUGUCAUUUGCCUUCUUGCACCAAUCCUGAAAUGCAAAUGGGAGUCCCAGGAAAA